AUGGCUUCGGGACACCACUAUGAAGCAAUUCAGAUGGAUAUCAAUGAAGAUGGUUUUUAUACUAUUUUUGGCAGCAUAGAGAGUAUGACCGCAGACAUAUCAGUUUAUGUGUAUAAGCACAAUUUUUAUCCAUUGAUCCCGCUCGAAAAUUUACUCGAGCAGAAAAGCGGCUGCAGUGCGUAUGAUUCAGCUCAAAUUACUGUUGAACUUCAAACUAACAUUCGAUACAUAUUAGUUGUGACAACAUGUUCAGGAAAUAUAAUGGGAAAGUUUUUGAUCAAACCGGUCGGUAGAAACAAUGUCAGUUUUCACCGCACAGAUGCUACAUCAGCUUUUCACAUGAACUAUUCAUCGACACUGGGAAUAAAUAGUCAAAAAUACAAUAAAUACUGCGCCAGUGAAGACCAUUACUAUGAAACGCUACGAUUAACCGUACUUGCCGAUGCAUAUUACACUCUUUCAAUUACUAGAACUGUUAAUGUCAUUGAUGGUCCAGAGAUAAAUAUAUACAAAAGUCAUUUCGACCCACUAAAUUCGCUUAAAAACUUAAUUCCAACUAAGGAAUACUUUUGUCGUAAUAUUAGUGUGAUAAAAUAUUCACCUCACCUUCUGUAUGGUGUCACGUAUGUCUUAGUUGUGACAACUAGAGAAUCGUCGACAGCACGAUCGUUCUCAAUCACUGUCUAUGGCCCAACAAAUGUUGGUCUUCAACGCAUUGUUGAUGAUACGACUUACUGUUAUGUUGGUGGUGCAUGUAAUACUCAAGUGAAAAGUAUCGGUCUGACUCUUGAUGACAUUCUUCGAUUGGAAAUCAAGCGAAACAUGACAAUACAUGAGCAAACAUUCGCCAUCCGGAUCAGUGCUGCGUUUUCAAUAAUUAUGCUUACUACAGGUGUCGUGAGUAGUUUUUCCACAAUGUUAACCUUUCAAAAUGCUAGUUCACGAACAGUUGGAUUUAGUCUGUAUCUUCUUGCAUCCUCUGCCACUUCUCUUUUAACAAUCACAAUAUUCUCAAUCAAAUUUUGGUUCGUCAUUCUCACUCAGAUGGACACAUCUGUUAGUUUCUCUGUUCUUCAAGGUGGUUGUAAGUUGAUUGAGACUGUUCUCAAGCUAUUUUUUUACUGGGAUGCUUGGCUGAAUGCAUGCGUGGCGAUGGAACGCGCAGUGAGUGUUUAUAAAGGAGUGGGUUUUGACAAAGAGAAAAGCAAACGCUUUGCUCGAUGGAUCAUCUUCAUCUUACCGAUUGCGAUUAUGGGAACGAUCAUUCAUGAGCCAUUGUAUCGUCAUAUAUUCCGACAUGAAAUAACUAAGGACGUAUUUGCCGAUGAAGAAACAUUUACUAGCAGCGUCGACGUGACGGAUACGCUUUUCUGGUGUAUCACUACUUAUCCGCAAUCACUUCAGGAUUACAAUACGUCCAUUCUCUUCAUUCACUUGCUUGGUCCAUUCAGCAUAAAUCUUUUAUCCUCGUUGUUCAUCAUCUUUAGAAGUGCUCGACGACGAGCAGAUGCUCAAAGGCAACAAACAUAUAGACAACAUCUUCGUGAGCAGUGGAAGGAACACAAACAACUUGUCGUCAGUCCGAUCAUUCUAGUCCUUCUCUCUACACCACGUUUGGUCAUUUCAUUGUUAUCUGGUUGUAUAGGUGUAUCUCAUUAUACAUGGUUAUAUCUUUGUGGUUAUUUCAUUUCAUUCACACCUUCAAUAUUGGUCUUUAUUGUGUUUGUCCUUCCUUCGAAUUCUUAUCGAAAAGCUUUCAAAGAGUCAUUUUUUCGACUUUGUAAACAACGGCAAUCAUAG